AUUCCGACUAUCCUUGCAGACUGAUGCGGCGGCAGGGCCAAACCAGGGCAGGGCAUAGUACAAGGUUGCGAAUGGUGCUCGCAGCUCUACCCUCCUCACUUAGUAACUGCCUUUGGUGUAGCCGGGUGGCGAACGGUGUAAAUAGGUGGAGCUCGCACUGCAAAAAUCGCGCUUCGUAUUCUCUACCCAGGCCCCGAUUGUACUGGUUUUUGCCCAGGCAGCCAAGCUGACCUUGCUUGGCAUAAUAAAGUCUACCUUAUUUCCGCCUUCAAACUAAUCAUUUUUCUCUGGCAGAGAUAACCAUCUCAGGCGUCAAAUACUGCCCUCAUACGCGCUAUAUUCGAACCUGCCCCCUCAAACGACUUUUCAGGUCUCUGCGCCGAGCGCAGCAUGCGCAGCGGUUACAAAGUCUUCCUCGCUAUCGCGCAGAUAUUUCUUUCGCAGCCAAAUAAUGGACCCGGCUCUCCGAUCUCGGUCUGCAAUUUACCGGAUCAAUUUGGCGGCGCUCUAACCUUAGUCUGGGCUGAUGGAGCCAAUGGUAAUGGAACACCCUCUGCGGAACGUGCUGAAUACUGCCAGAAUAGUGCGCGCCGCUGCUCAAAAGGAUCCGCUACGCCUCGCAGUCCUGAUCCGUUAUCCCGCCGGGCGUUGCGGAGGACUUUGACAUCCGUUCGCCUUGACCGGACCAUCGUGUUCACCACUCAUUUCUUGGACGAAGCUGAUCUGUUGGCCGAUAGCAUAGCCAUUUUGGCUGCGCCCGGCUAG